AUGAGUGAGCUUGAAGAAUUAAAGCAAGUCGUAGCGCAGCUGCAGAAGCAGGUCGGGCGCUUGAGCGGUACUAGCUUGUUUCGUCAUCACGGGCCGAACACAGCUGACAACAUCAAAGAUCAAGAAGACGUUCGUAAACUCCAGUACACAUAUGGUUAUUAUCUCGACAAAUGCCUGUACAAGGAGGUCGCGGACCUCUACUCGAACCAUCCUGACACAUGCGUCGAGUUUCUAGGCGGUCGUUACAAUGGCAAAGACGGUGUGAAGCGGCUGUAUAUCGGUCGCUUCGCCAAAUCUUUUGUAGCUGGGCGCAACGGCCCGGUCUACGGCUUCCUCCUCGAUCACCCUCAGAUCCAAGGCAUCGUCGACAUAAACGGCGAUGGCACGCGCGCCAAAGGACGCUUCAGGAGUAUGAUGUCCGCGGGCACCCACGAGAGCAUCAAGGACUCACACCCACGUGGGUUGGUACAGUGGUGGGAAGGUGGCAUAUAUGAAAACGAAUACAUCAAGGAGGAUGGUGUAUGGAAGAUCUUCAGGCUCAAGUACUUCCCGUUCUGGCAUGCCCAGUUCGACAAAGGCUGGGCGCACACCAAGCCAAACUACAUCCCCUUCAUGUCCACAACCUUCCCGGAGGAUCCAAACGGCCCGGAUGAGCUUUGCCCAAAUCCAAUGCUCUGGCCGGACACGCGCGUGGUGCCCUUCCAUUACACGCACCCUAUCACAGGUGAGCAGGUGGCCGAUGAUGAUCUGAGGGCGCCAGAGUACGGCAAGGACCCUUCAACCAGUACUCCAGCGCUGGUCCUGAGCCAACCUGCAUCAGAAAAUGCUGAGCUUAGCACGCGAAAGUAA